GUUACAGCCGACCGGCCCCGGCCCUCUCCUCGGAGGAAGAGCCAGCCCCGCCGCGGCCUUCCCAGCCCCGAGCUCGCGCUCCCGGCUUCCCGGGCCGCACAGCUGCGCGGCGCGCCCACUGAGGCCCAGCCUGAGGAGCCCUCGCAGCCCUCGACCCCUCCCUCCGCGCUGCAGUUAGGCCGCGCCCUCAGGCCCAGUCCGCGGCGGCCCCGGCGGGUGAUGCCAAAUACGGCCAUGAAGAAAAAGGUGCUGCUGAUGGGGAAGAGCGGGUCGGGGAAGACCAGCAUGAGGUCCAUUAUCUUUGCAAACUAUAUUGCUCGCGACACCCAGCGCCUGGGUGCCACCAUUGAUGUGGAGCACUCCCAUGUCCGAUUCCUGGGGAACCUGGUGCUGAACCUGUGGGACUGUGGCGGUCAGGACACCUUCAUGGAAAACUACUUCACCAGCCAGAGAGACAACAUCUUCCGUAAUGUCGAGGUUUUGAUUUACGUGUUUGACGUGGAGAGCCGCGAACUGGAAAAGGACAUGCAUUACUACCAGUCUUGUCUGGAGGCCAUCCUCCAGAACUCUCCUGAUGCCAAAAUCUUCUGCCUGGUGCACAAAAUGGAUCUGGUUCAGGAGGAUCAGCGUGACCUGAUUUUUAAAGAGCGAGAGGAAGACCUGAGGCGUUUGUCUCGCCCACUGGAGUGCGCUUGUUUUCGAACAUCCAUCUGGGAUGAAACGCUCUACAAAGCCUGGUCCAGUAUUGUCUAUCAACUGAUUCCCAAUGUUCAGCAACUCGAGAUGAACCUAAGGAAUUUUGCCCAAAUUAUUGAAGCCGAUGAAGUUCUGCUGUUUGAGAGAGCUACGUUCUUGGUUAUUUCCCAUUACCAGUGCAAAGAGCAGCGUGACGUCCACCGAUUUGAGAAGAUCAGCAACAUCAUUAAGCAGUUCAAGCUGAGCUGCAGUAAAUUGGCCGCUUCUUUCCAGAGCAUGGAAGUUAGAAAUUCUAACUUCGCUGCUUUCAUCGACAUCUUCACAUCAAACACGUACGUGAUGGUGGUUAUGUCGGAUCCGUCGAUCCCUUCUGCAGCUACUCUGAUCAACAUUCGCAAUGCCAGGAAACACUUCGAGAAGCUGGAGAGAGUGGAUGGCCCCAAGCACAGUCUCCUUAUGCGUUGAAUAUGCCAAAUGCUCUUUCUAAAAAUGAGUUGCUUUUUUUUUUGCACCCCUCAUUUUUAAUAUUCAAUGUCGUGUGCUUAAAAGUGGGCUUUAAAUGUGUGCUUCUUACUACUUCCAUCUUUCUUCCUUACUCCCCAGUCUUUAAACGUUGGACGCUAUUUACUCAGCUAUCCAGUAGAGCUUCAAGAUGGCCUUUCUCAAAAGUUGGUAUGGUGUAACACUAAAGUAGGUGGUUUGUGUGUAUUCUGAUUACCUGGUUAUAGUAGAUAAUGCACAUCAAAGCCUUUACCAAUAUCUUCCCUGUAUUCCUUAUCAGAUUGCAAAGAUGGAAUGUUAUUUUAUCAGCAAGGUAUUAAAAUGCAUUUAUAAAUUCUUUGCUUCUAUUAUGAAUAAUAAACAUUUGCUGUUAGCAAUCUAA